AGACGGGAGCGAGAGUUGGCGUGGGGCCGGCGAGUUCCUGCGCCCGCUCAGAGGGUCGGCUUCCUCUCCCCCUCCCGCACAGGGCGGGGUGGUGCGUUCCGAGUUCCCAGGAGUUCCAGGCGGGCGGGAGCGGGGGGAGGGGAGUGGCGGCGGCGGCGGCAGUGGCGGGCGGCUCCCGCCUCAGCUUCGGCAGUGGCGUCGGCGACGGCGGUGCCGAAGCAGCCGCUAGCACUCCGCUCAGUGUCAGCCGGCGGCGGAGGUUCAAGAACUAGGAGUUAGGAACGCGCGCGCUAGUCCUUCCGCCGCCGCCCUGCCGCAGCCGCUUCAGCCGCCGCCAGGAGCCUGAGGCGCCGGGUCCCGGGGAGCCUGUGGGGGCCGACGAGCGAGCCAGCGGGCCGGGGGGAGGGUGGGGAAUGGCGCGGACCCCGGGACCGGCUCCGCUGUGUCCCGUAGGCGGCAAAGCACAACUUUCCUCCGCUUCUCCCCCCGGAGCCGGUCUCCUGCUGCCACCCCCGACGCCACCACCGCUGCUGCUCCUGCUCUUCCCGCUGCUUCUCUUCUCCCGGCUCUGUGGUGCCUUAGCUGGACCAAUUGUUGUGGAGCCACAUGUUACAGCAGUAUGGGGCAAGAAUGUUUCAUUGAAGUGUUUAAUUGAAGUAAAUGAAACCAUAACACAAAUUUCAUGGGAAAAGAUACAUGGCAAAAGUUCACAGACUAUUGCAGUUCAUCAUCCUCAGUAUGGAUUCUCUGUUCAAGGAGAAUAUCAGGGAAGAGUAUUAUUUAAAAACUAUUCUCUUAAUGAUGCAACAAUUACUCUACAUAACAUAGGAUUUUCUGAUUCUGGAAAAUACAUAUGCAAAGCUGUUACAUUCCCACUUGGAAAUGCUCAGUCCUCCACAACUGUAACUGUAUUAGUUGAACCCACUGUGAGCCUGAUUAAAGGGCCAGAUUCUUUAAUUGAUGGAGGAAAUGAAACAGUAGCAGCCAUUUGUAUUGCAGCCACUGGAAAACCAGUUGCACAUAUUAACUGGGAAGGUGAUCUUGGUGAAAUGGAAUCCACUACAACUUCCUUUCCAAAUGAAACGGCCACAAUCGUCAGCCAAUACAAGCUAUUUCCAACUAGAUUCGCUAGAGGAAGGCGAAUUACUUGUGUUGUAAAACAUCCAGCCUUGGAAAAGGACAUCCGAUAUUCUUUCAUAUUAGAUAUACAGUAUGCUCCUGAGGUUUCAGUAACAGGCUACGAUGGGAAUUGGUUUGUAGGAAGAAAAGGUGUUAAUCUCAAGUGUAAUGCUGAUGCAAAUCCACCACCCUUCAAAUCUGUGUGGAGCAGGUUGGAUGGACAGUGGCCUGAUGGUUUAUUGGCUUCAGACAAUACUCUUCAUUUUGUCCAUCCACUGACUUUUAAUUAUUCUGGUGUUUAUGUCUGUAAAGUGACCAAUUCCCUUGGUCAAAGAAGUGAUCAAAAGGUCAUCUACAUUUCAGAUCCUCCUACUACUACUACCACCCUUCAGCCUACAGUUCAGUGGCAUCCCUCAACUGCUGACAUUGAAGAUCUAACAAACGAAGUAAAAAAAUUGCCCUUCCCAUUAUCAACUUUGGCAACAAUUAAGGAUGACACAAUUGGCACAAUCAUUGCUAGUGUAGUGGGUGGGGCUCUCUUCGUAAUACUUGUAAGUGUUUUGGCUGGAAUAUUCUGCUACAGGAGAAGACGGACGUUUCGUGGAGACUACUUUGCCAAGAACUACAUUCCACCAUCAGAUAUGCAAAAAGAAUCUCAAAUAGAUGUCCUUCAACAAGAUGAGCUUGAUUCUUACCCAGACAGUGUAAAAAAAGAAAACAAAAAUCCAGUGAACAAUCUAAUACGGAAAGACUAUUUAGAGGAAACUGAAAAAACACAGUGGAACAAUGUAGAAAAUCUCAGUAGGUUUGAAAGACCAAUGGAUUAUUAUGAAGAUCUAAAAAUGGGAAUGCAAUUUGUCAGCGAUGAACAUUAUGACGAAAAUGAAGAUGACUUAGUUUCACAUGUAGAUGGUUCCGUAAUUUCCAGGAGGGAGUGGUAUGUUUAGUAACCACUAAAUGUGACUUAACUAUGUACAAUGUUUCAUUCAUACUAGUUGAUCAUUUUCAGAUUGUUCAUACAUUUUCUUGAGGAACAAUAAGCUUUUUCACCCUGAUUUUCAAGCUUGCUUUUUAUAUUCUAAUUUGACAGAUGAAAAUGUAAAAUCUGGGUUCAAUGUAUCUAAGCUGCUUUACAGUUUUUUUUUUUCAAUGCUGUACUACUGUCUCAAGAUUUAAAUUUUAAUGCAGAGUACUUUAUUGGUCUGAGGCCCACAGGUAAGAAGAAAUGUCAGCAAUAAAUGUUACGGCUUUUUUAGUACAAACAUUUUUAAAAAAAGGAAACCACGUUGGUAUUGUGUAUUAAAUGUUUACCUACGAUUAUAAUAAUCUCAAUUAUAAUGUUUGUUAAAUACACCUCUCAAAAUUUAUCACCACUAAAUGAUACCACAUUAUAAUUGACUAAUUCAAGAAAUGUUUAUAUGUAUUUUUAGUAUACAAAAAAACCAGUCUAAUGAAACAGCUUUCCUUUUCAAACAUUUUCUAACUCUCUCUGCAAACGGAAUCUUUACCUCUGCAUUUUAAUGAGCCUUGCCAUAAUUACUGUAGAGUGGCUUUUCAAAGAUAUUUUGUUGCACUAAAACUGUGGUAGGAAACUCAGUGAACAUGCUAAUGUGGAAGAACAUAAUUAACUGCUCAAUAUUUUUGGCCAGCCUACAUACAAGAAUAAUAAAACAUGCCUUUUAAACGUCAUAAUUAUUACAGUGUUUUUCAUCUCUGGAGGCCAGUUCUUAUGUAGUCAUGUGAACAUGGAUUUUGGUACAAUAAGUGGUAGUUUUGAUGCUUUAUGUUCUAACUAUAAGAAUAAUGAAAAUAUGGUACACAGUUAAGUAUAGUGAAAGGGCAUUUCAUUCAGUAUAUGGAUAAACAUGGGAAAACUAGCAUUGGAAUGCCAAUUUCAGUAAUGAAAUGUUUCAGACAACUAUCUAUACAAAGAAUUUUCUAGACCAUGUUUUAGCCAUUUAAUAUUGAUGUUGUUCAAACGGGUAAUUACACAGAAAAAAUUUAGAUAAACUUGGAAACUUGAGAUUUAACAAGAACAAUCUAAAUUAUAAAACCAAUUACUAAUACUUGCUGAUGGAUAUUGGCAAACCAUCCUCUUUUUCCUCCUAAAUGUAUGUAUAUGUUUCAAAUUUUUUUCCAAUUAAAACUAGAAACAUGAGUUUUUUUUGUUUUGUUUUUGUUACAUAAUUCAUUAAGUAUACUCCUUCCAGAAAUGUAUCUUUUGGAAAAAAUGUUAUAUAAACAUUCAAAUGUGGAUUUUCUUUAUGAGGUAAUUAAAUUGCUUCUACUGUGGAGUCCUAUAAAAUUGUAAUAAUGACAACUAUGUUGAAGCCCAAAGAAUAUGUUUUUUCUGUUGAUGAUUAUUUGAAAAAAGGACUGUAUAGAAUUGCCUUAGCUGUUUUGCCAGGGAAUUGAAGUGGAAGUUAGUAGGAGAAUCAUAAAUUAAAUAAAUUAUUUUGUUAAUAAAAAAAGUAGGUACUUUUCUUUUUUACCAUCCCAACUACCCCUUUCCGAUACUUGUCAAAUCUAACAAUUAAAAAAAAUGGUUUAUAGGGCAAAUCUCUAACAUGUCCAUAGAAUUUUGCAAGUAGUUAAGGCUUUAUUUUAAAUUAUAACCUGUUUUCCUUUAUUUUAGCUAUCAGUACUUUCUGAAAAUUAGAAACCUAUUUUCUUUCCCCAAACACUUAGUAUAAGACUGUAAUAUCAAUUAAGGAUACAGUUCAGUUCAUUGAUAUCUUGUUAAAAAUAUCUGGUUUUAAAUGUUAACCACUAAUAUACAAAUAUUAAGUCUCUUUAGUCCAAGUCAUUGAAAGAAAACUUUCUUAAUAAUACUCUGUGAUUGAAGUGAUUUUUUUUAAUUUAAAUAUCAACAAUGAUACGGCCACAAGAAAGAUGAGUCUAAAUUUUCUUACCAUGGAUGAUGUAAAUUUGUGGCAUUUUUGAACAGAUUUCAUCUUCAGAAAAAUAACUUGUAAUGCCAUAAUAUAUUUGAGUGAUCACAUUUACAAUAUUGUAUUAAUAUCAACUUAAGCAUAAUCUGAAGGAAAUUAGUAAUGUAUUUCAAAAACUAUAUUUCAAAAAUAAAAAUAAUCUACUUAGUAUGCACUUUCUUUUAUGUUGUGGCCAUCAUGCAAUUAGGGUAUUUAUUUUGUUUUGGUUGGAGAAGGUACAUGGAAACUACAAGUGAGUAUUUGAUAUAUUUCUGUAUACUUAAUCUAAAACAUUUGGCAAACUAAAAGAUUUCAAAAUUUAAGAAUCUGAUACUAAUACUUAGAGAAUUUCUGAGGCAUUGCACUGUUGUUUAUUAGAGCUUUAUAUAUGUUUACUUUACAUAGACUUAUUUGUAAACAUAAAUAGUAUGAAAUAAACUUUUGUUAAAUUAA